AUGGCAUCUACGGUGACAAGAAGAUCAUGUACGAAAUGUAGUAAAGGUGUUGGAGUAGCAAUAUGUGAUGGUUGUCAACAAUCAUUUUGUAUUAAACAUUUUGAUGAACAUCGACAAGAACUUGUUCAACAAUUGGAACAUGUUGGUUUAGAACAUGAUCUCUUGCGAAGAGAUUUAAAUCAACCUAAUAUAGAUCAGCAUCUUCUUAUUCGCAUUGAUACGUGGGAACAAGAAGCUAUUGCUAGGAUUCAAGCAGUUGCAAACACAGCUCGAAAUGAUCUUCGACAAUUAGUUGAUAGACGAAAGGAAGAGAUAAAAAAAUCUGUUAGUAAGAUAACUGAUGAUCUUCAAUCAUGCCGAGAAUCGUUUGAUUUUACUGAACUUGAUAUUAAGAAAUGGAGUCAACAAUUGGAAGAAUUGCGAAAGUCAUUUGAAUCUUCGUCGUCUUUUUGUAUUGUUGAAGAUGAUAAAUCAAAAUCGAGCAUUUCUAUAAUUCAGGUUUAUGAUCGACAGUAUCUUCGCUCGAAUAAUAUUUCUAUCGAAUCCUCACGACGCUCUUCAGUUACUGCUGUUCAAAGAUCGAAUUCUGUAUUAGCGUUUAAUGAAAAAUUCGAUGAAAUUGACGGAAAAGCAAAAACAUCUGAAGAAAAUCUUCUAGUUACAUGUUAUUCGAGAACAUUUUUAUUUCCUGCGAUUAUUUAUGGUAUUAAUCUAUAUUCAACGGGUAUACAUCGUAUAAAGUUUCGGAUCGAAAAUAUUAAAAAUUCAAUUUUUUUUGGUAUCAGUACAUCAUCGGAUAAGAUAAGAAAAGCUGAUAUGUUCGAUACAUCUCUUUAUGGAUGGUGGGAUAUAGUUCGAUCUGUUGUCGCUAGUGAACUUCACAAGAGCGAUGACAAGAAAAUCUUAGAAACCGGUGAUGAAGUGACGUUAAUAGUAGAUUGUAAUGAUCAACAGAUCCAACUCCAACAUCAUCGAACUAAUCGAUUAGUUCAGCUAUAUAUCGAUGGUGAGAUCUGUCCUUUUCCUUGGAGAAUAGUCGUCAAAUUACGAGCAGAAGGUGAUUCUGUUCGUAUUCUACACUGA